CUUCAGUCCUUCGCGGCCAUGGCGUCGUCCGCUGCCGCCGUGCGGCCGUGCUUCCUCUCCUCCCCUCACCGGAGCGCCGCCGCGCAGGCAUAUCAAAUUUUUCCCAUGAUAAAGUUUCAGCGGAAGCGACACAUCAGACCUGCAGGUUCACACAGGUCCAGGAGCCUUGUUGUUUGCAGAAGUUCAGGUUUCUCUGCAAAAGCAUCUACUUUCAGCAGACCUGCAUCUGCUUACACUCACAAUGAUCUAUCUAGGAUACAUUUCUUCGAUUCUCUUCUAAAUACACAUGUCGGGAUCUCUGGAUAUUGGGUUGGCCCUGAUAUGGAUGAUGGCUGCGGUAUUGUUGUCGCAAUUCUCCAAAGAAUUGGAUGAUACUCUCAACUUGUGAUUAAACCAGAUCGGAAGGAAGCAGAUAAAAAAAGGCAAGACAUACAUGGCUCCACACCAUACUAGUAGGCAACAACAAAAUAAACAUCACGUCUAUGAUUUUUUUUACGAAGUCAUUAGAUUAAAUAUUAGAA